AUGAGUGGUGCAACAAUGCAAGAAUUGCAUUUAGCAUCUUCUCUGCCAUGGGAAGCCCUGCACAAAGCACAAACCCUUCUCCCUGUCCUGAACAGGUGGUACAUGUUUCCCAGGCUUUCUCAGCAGGGUGCUGGUUUGGGGCUACCUUGUGGGCUAAGUUUGGCCUCAAGGCAGAGGGAAAGUAGAGGGAUGAGCGUGUUCAAUCUCAACGCGGCAGACUUCUUCAUAACAUCCAACUGGGGAUCCCCAACGGACAACCGAAUCUUUGUGAACAAGCACACAGGCGAUCGCUGGGAGCCUGGCAACUUGGUCGUCAUCGGCGAAUCCGAGAAGGUGAAAGAGCUCGAAGUCUCGGGGACCACCUUCCGCGGCGAAAAGCUCACGGAGCUCAGCAGAGACCUCCGAGCCUGGAACGACAGGACGCGAUGCAGCCUCCGCGUCAACUGCGAGGGAUCCUGCUUCGUCCUCGACUACCGAGCAGGGGACUCCUCUGGCAUCCGAAUCAACACCGUAUUCGACUGGUCCAAGCAUGGCGUCAGGACGGCCAAGGAGAGGCAGCUGGAGUUCCUCACCUCACAACUGGAGGACAAGGACAGCACGGUUUCGGAGCUGCGUAGAAACUUGGAGGACACGGCAAAGGAGCUCGCGUCGAACAAGUCCGAGCUGGUCGAGGCACGAGGCGAGCUCGGUGCCCUGUCCAGGCGUCUGGACAGGGUGAACAGAGCGGCAAAGGAGGUGGAGGAAGUUGUGGAGGAGAUGGAGAAGGAGAAGAGGGACUAUGCGGCGGAGUUGAGGUCGAGGUACGAGAAGGGGUUGGAGAGGAGGAAGAGGAGGGUUGAAGAGCUGGAAGCGGAGGUGGAAGGGAAGGAGAGGGAGGCGAGGGAAUGCAGGUUGAAGGGGAUGAAGGCGGAGGAGGAGGCGGCGGCGUGGAGGAAGGCGGCGGAGAGGAAGGGUAAGAUGGUGGAGGAAUGUGAGAGGGUGGUGGAGGAGAAGGAGAAGGAGGUUGGGGUGUGGAAGUUGAGGUUGAGGGAAGUGGAGGAGAGGAAGGUGAGUGAAGAGAGGGAUGUGGAGGUGGAGCAUUGGAAGAUGAAGUUGAGGUAUAAGGAGGAAGAGCUUGCGGUUAGUAGGAAGCUGUUGGAGUGGAAGGAUAAGGUGAUGGAGAUGACGAAGGAGAAGGUUUCCGGUAGUGAUUCUUCCGAGAUUUGGAUACUGUGA